UCUGCUCCUCUGCCGUUUGCCCCGGGGGCCCAUUGCUCCGGUCCUUGCGAUCGCUGGCUGGGCGGUGGGUCCCUCACCCAGCUCCCCUCCCCCAACUCCGUCGCCCCGCCCCCGCUGGGCUGGGCGGCCGGGUCUGGGGCCGAGCGGAGCGGGUUCUCAUUUAGUAUGGAAGAAGAUGAGUUCUUUGGAGAAAAAACAUUCCAGCAUUAUUGUGCAGAAUUCAUUAAACAUUCACAGAAGAUAGGUGAUGGUUGGGAAUGGAGAGCUUCAAAGGACUGUUCUGAUGGCUACAUGUGCAAAACACAUUUUCAAGUUAAAAAUGGAACUGCAGUGUCACAUCAAGGAACAUCUGACCAUGUACAGACAUUUCUUCCUGUGGAGGAGGCUUUAGAUCCCCCCCUGGAUGAUUUUGAGGUAACCGAGACCACCGUGGCUGCCGAAGUGAUUAAAUAUGAGUAUCAUGUCUUAUAUUCCUGCAGCUACCAAGUGCCUGUGCUUUACUUUAGGGCAAGCUUUUUAGAUGGAAGACCUGUAGCUCUGAAGGACAUCUGGGAAGGAGUUCAUGAGUGCUAUAAGACGCGGCUGCUGCAGGGACCGUGGGACACUAUUACCCAACAGGAGCAUCCGAUACUUGGACAACCCUUUUUUGUACUUCAUCCCUGCAAGACGAGUGAAUUCAUGACUCCUGUGUUAAAGAAUUCUCAAAAAAUCAAUAGGAAUGUCAACUACAUCACAUCGUGGCUGAGCAUGGUAGGGCCAGCUGUCGGGCUGAAUCUCCCUCUGAGCUAUGCCACAGCAGCCUCUCACGAUGAAGGCAAUGUCAGUGGACAAGAUUCUUCUAUUGAGCAAAAAAGCUUAGAAGAACACUGAGAGUUUAUGCGGCCGGCCCUGGUUUUAAUGGGGCCAAUAUGGUGUGAGAUUUCAGCUCACCGAGAUUCUGACGUGGAUUUUUUUCCCCUUGGAAGUAAAUGUCUGCAGCAACUGAUAUGCUCUAUGUUUAGAAGAAACACUGCAAAGACACAAAUUACUAUAAAUAGCAAAAAAGGCUCUAGUUCGGUAAUAGAAAACAUGACUUCAUCAGGGAACUUCCAGGUUCUUCUCUCCUGUCUCUAAGGCUCGUUCUCUUCAUCUUUGAUUUGAGAAUAACAAGAUACCUCACAAGGUCGCUGUGAGAAGCACAUGAGAGCCUUAGUGUGUGAGAAAGUAUGGUCAAGUAUUAAGCAAAUAUUCAUUAAAUGGUGACCUUUCUUAUAAUUGAUUGUCAUUCACCUAGUCUGUCAAUAAGUUUAAUAGUAAGGUGUUAAGAUGAACCAUGGAAUGUUUGGUUUGGGGUUGCUGUUUCGUUUUUCAUUUUAACUUGCUAAGGUCUUAAACUAAGAGAAAAACAUAAUCACCUCUUUAGAGCAUCUAGAUUAGUGUCUGUCAGUGAAGGACGUACUUUAGAGUCAUUUGAGGAUCUUUCUCAACUACAGGCACUGGCCACCCUCUGGAACCACCCCUCUAGGUGAUUCUGAGGUACCUGCUCCUGAAGAAGUUCUGCUCUGGAUGUAACUUUUGAGCCGCAUUUAUUUGUAUUGUUUGGUCUCCCAGUAGGCCUUCUCCAGUUCUGUGCACAGCUCCUUCAAGCUGGACUUAACUUCCUAACACUGUCCAGGGCUCACCCAAGAGACCCAAGAGCAAGGAGUCUAGGAGGCACCUGGAGAGGCAGCCCACUUGUGGGGAGCGGUUAGCAUGAGGGGAUUAUCUGCUGGCGAAUCACAGAGGACCCUGCCAGCCCCGUUAGUCUCUAGGUUAAGGGCUGCACUCUCAGGCAGGGAGCAGAAGUAGAGAAGGGGUUAAUUUAAACUGCUGGAAAAGCUAAAAGUAAAUUUUAAAACGCUGAGCUGCACAUAUUCAUGCUGGUAUGAGAGCCUGCUUACAUGCUUGCUGGGCAUUUUGGUAUUUACCACUUAACAUCUUUUCAACUUCUGCAAGGGAUUUUUCCUCCCCACAUUCCCUAAUGUAAACACAGAUUUCCUAGCAAGUCAUUUCUCAAGCCAUGUCAUUUCUGGGGU